CUAUUAGUGACACCGGUCCGGAGUUCUCCCAGAAUCACCGUCGGGAUGGAGUACUCGAACCCGAUGGCCCCACCGGGCCUCCCCGUUGCAUCAGAAGCGAGCGUCAGAAACAUGACGAAUGCGGACUUCCGGAAACUCAUGAUGACACCGAGAUCGGGAGCCACUGGUGCGGGUCGCCCCGGCACCGAGAGGUCGACCACAGCAUCGAUGCCUGCCCCGAAAACACCUGCAAGCGCUUCACAGAUCGAUCGAAAGAAGAAAAAGCAAUUCUACGCAAAUUUGCGUAAACAAGAGGACGACAAACUGGCUGAGCUCGCGUCAAAGUAUCGAGACCGAGCGAAGGAGCGGCGGGACGGACAAGGAGUUGAUGACGAAGCGAUCACCGCAAACGCGGGCUAUCACGCUGUCGCGCCGGAUCUCAAGUCGAAUCUCAACGCCGCCGAACGCCGUAAGCAACAGAUUCAGGAAUCGAAAUUUUUGGGAGGAGACAUGGAACACACUCAUCUUGUGAAAGGUCUAGAUUAUGCCCUCCUGCAGAAAGUUCGCAGUGAAAUUGAAUUGAAAGAGGAGGUAGAUUUCGAGGAGGCUCUCAGAGUCGAACAGGAAGAGAAACAGAGUCAGGACAAGAGAGCUAAGGAAGAAGUCGAGGAACAGGGGAAGCUGCAGUUCCGCACGGCAAUGGCGAAAAACAUAAAUCGGCUUCUCUUCGCUCAGAACUCGACGAAAGUCGAGCGGAACGAACUCUUUCUACCCCAAAGAAUGGCCUACGUCAUCGAAUUGGAUGAGGGUGAAAGCGAUAUCCCCACGGCUCUGAUCAGGAGCAAGCAAGACUGCCCUGAAAUGGGGCUGGCUUCGACCUCGCUGACGACGAACGAUAUCGUCAUCAACAAACUUACUCAAAUUCUCGGAUACCUGCGAUCUGGGUUGAGUAUUCGCAAGAACAAGAAACGUGUCGGGCUCGAGGAGAAAGAGGAGAAUCAGCCGCGGCCGGACUCGAAUAAGGAACCUCGGAAGCCGAAGGAUUCGGACGUCAGCAUUUUCGACGACGUCGGAGACUAUAAUCCUUCGAAGGAGAAGCGUCGGGAGCGAGAUGAUCGAGAUCGCGACGACAGAGACCACAGACGUCACAGACAAUCUGAUCGACGAAGGAGGGAUCGGGAGAACGACACGAGGCGCGACGACAAGCGAGACCGUGGUCGCGAUGAAAAACAAGAGGCCCGACCGCGGUAUUUCAAGGAUGAACCAGAGGACAAAGGACCCAAAACGCUCGAAGCAGAACAGUCGGAUGCCCUGCUCAAAAACGCUCUGACGUCGAAAGAUCCGAAGGAUGGGCGAUUCAAGGAUAGACUUGCGAAACUCACCCAGCAGGAGGAUUACUACAGCGAGUGUUAUCCUGGGAUGCCUGAAAAUGAUGACGCCAUCGUCGAUUCGGACGAGGAGGAAGAUCUCAGCAAAAUGGACACCGGCAAGAAGAAGGGCCCACUGAAUCGUUGGGAUUUCGAAACCCACGAAGAGUAUGCUGAAUACAUGGACCAGAAGGAAGCCAUGCCCAAGGCAGCUUUCCAAUACGGUGUCAAGAUGACAGAGGGCCGGAAAACCAGAACGACCAAGGCUGCUGGUCCGAUGGGAGGCGCGAGAAAGGAUAAGAUGAAACUGGAUCGUGAGCUUCAGCAGAUCACUCAGAUUCUAGCGAAACGCAAAGGCGGCGAUGGCGAGAAAUCUUCGAAGCAUGCCAAAUAUGACGACUGAUUGUUGGGCUACUUGAUAGCAAUGUUGCACUUUUUGUACUCUAAAUAUCAAUAGAAUAAAUCUGUAUAUCGUU